CAGGCUCUAGAGCAAGAUGGCGCCGGUGGGAGCUGUUCUCCAGACUCUCUGAGGGAACGCUAAGUGACUGCCGCCGUGUUCCAGCUCUGCGGGAAGGCAGAAGCUGAGCCCCGGCGGGUGCGAUGGCCGCUGUGGUGGCCAAGCGGGAAGGGCCGCCGUUCAUCAGCGAGGCAGCCGUGCGAGGCAACGCCGCGGUCCUGGAUUACUGCCGGACCUCAGUGUCAGCGCUGUCGGGGGCCACGGCCGGCAUCCUCGGCCUCACCGGCCUCUACGGCUUCAUCUUCUACCUGCUCGCCUCCAUCCUGCUCUCCCUGCUCUUAAUCCUCAAGGCGGGAAGGAGGUGGAACAAAUAUUUUAAGUCACGAAGACCUCUCUUCACAGGUGGUCUCAUCGGAGGCCUCUUCACCUACGUCCUGUUCUGGACAUUCCUGUAUGGCAUGGUGCACGUCUACUGAAGUGGGGGCAGGGAUGACUCUUUUUUAAAAAACCAGAUUGGGAAGACUGUUGCCAGAAAUUAACAACGUAUAGACUCAGUUUUUAAAUUGUUGAAUUCGCUGCUUGUUCUGUAACGUUAUGAAUAACUUAAAUUAGAAGACGAAGAGCCUGUAAUCUUCAGAUUAAAUGAAGCGUGAGACACUUUA